CAAAUCAUCAAGUUUAUACAAUUAGACUUGUCAUGUUUAUUGUAGAUGGCGCGAUAUCUAGUUACUGAAGUAGAUUUAUUGUAAAAAUUUCAAAGAGCACAUACAUUCCAAAGUGCAUGUGCUUAUACACUGCCAAUCGCAUUUAUCGUUUAUUACAUUUCGUGCGAUAACAAUGUAGCGCAUUGCAGUACGUCUUCACAAAUGCAAGUAUUUUCGCGGUAUCGAAAUUUCGCGUUCUAUUUCGUGUUCAAUAUUAUCGAGAUGGCCAGCAGCUGCAAUGAUAGCACUAUACAUCAUGCUUGGCAAGAACUGACUAGUGAGGAUAAGAGAUAUGCAAUGGCACAUUUGAACGAGACCGACGAAAUUAGAGAGAAUGCCGUCGCGGAGAUUAGAAGCUGGAUGGAAAACAGCGAUAACUUGUCCGUACGAAUUGAUGAUUUUUUUAUUCUACGAUUUUUGAGAGUCUGCAAAUUUAAUCUCGAGGAAACUAAGGUCAGAAUUCGAAACUAUUACAAGCAACGUUCCAAUUUACCAGAAUGGUACAUAAAUAAGGAUCCGUUUCAACCAAAACUGCAGGAGUUGCUUGAUUUGGGAAUUGUUUUGUCUUUAAGAAAACCAGAUAGUCAAGGAAGAUUGGUUUUUAUUGUGCGUACAACUCAACAAAAUCCGAGAAUACACAAAAUAUCAGACGUAGCUAAGGUCUGUAUAUUGGUGACAGAAGCAGCGAUAAAAUAUUAUCCCGCGGGAUCUGUAUAUGGUUUCAUAGUAUUAGUAGACGCAGCCAAUGUAACUAUGCGUCACAUUUUCCAAAUGCAACCCUAUGUGUUAAGAAACGUGGUCCACGCAUUCCAUAGAUCCUAUCCUCUAAGAUAUCAGAAGAUUGUCGUUUUUAAUGCACCAAGACUUGCUAGUAUUUUUGUGACGAAAAUUGUCAAACCUUUUAUGACUGAAAAAAUGAAGAGCAGAUUUCAUAUCUAUUCGGACGCGCUUCAAUGUACCGAAGACGCUCCAGCUAAUAUCUUGCCUGUUGAAUAUGGUGGUACAGAUGGUGCACUUCAAGAAUUAACAGAUUAUUGGAAGAAAUUAAUCGAGGAAAAUAGCGACUGGCUUACGAAGGAUGAAAACGAUCAAAUCCAAACAAUCGAACUUGUACAGACAGAUUUUGAAUAGAAUCGUCUAUAAAUGUUUUACGGCACAAAUAAAUUAAUGCAAAUUAAGAAAAAUAAUAAUUUACUAAAAAAGAAAAUUUUAUUAGAUUCUAAAUGUAUAUGAAUAUGUGUAAUAUAAACAUUUACUUUUGUAGAAUAUUAAAGAAAUCAAUCAAAGAGGACUUACGAUGAGAAUGACAGAAUAACAUUUUAGACUAGUUUUAGAUCAGUUGAUUUAGAAUUGGCCAAAAAUGUUUGGUCUUAGCACAAGUUUAAAUGCAUUGUGUUUAUUUUAUUUUGCAAAUUUGAUAAAAAAUUUGAUUUUUUCUUUUACUGGUAUAUGUGUUAAUGUAUUCCAUUAAUGACAUAAUAACAAACAGGCAAAUAAGAGAUAAAAUUUUUAUGGAAGCUUGCAGUUAAUUUAUAUUUUUCACUUAAACGUAAACAAGGAUAAAGUAUUCAUAUUAUUCAUCAACUAUUAAUAUUUUUUUAUGUAUCUUUAUAUAAUGAUUUUGAUGUAUUUACUUUACAUCAUCUUACAAUUAUACGUAUAACAAAAAUAAUAAUAUAUUAUACCUAUACAUAUAUUUACGUAAAAUAUAUUUUUUAUUUUAUUUAAACCGUCAAAGACAAGGAUAUUUGCAUAAUAUAGAAACAUGACAAAAAA